ACUCCUCUCUCUCUCUCUCACACACACAUCUCUCUCUCUCACACACACAUCUCUCUCUCUUUCUCUCUCUCACGAGUCAAGGAGGAGACCCAGUGCUGUUGCAUGGAAAUGGACAGCGAGAUGGAAAGUGGUCAGAAGAGACGAGUCAACAGCAAAGAUAAUCUGAUAGAUGAUGUUGGUUCAGGGAGCCUAGGUUGCUGUGGCUGGCUCAUUGUGAUCCUCUCUGGUCUGUUCGUCUUCUCCCUGUUCCCCUUCACCAUCUGGUUCUGUAUAAAGAUAGUUCAGGAGUAUGAACGUGCUGUCAUCUUCAGGCUGGGCCGUAUUACAGACCGGAAGGCUAAGGGACCAGGUAUCUUUUUCGUUCUGCCAUGCACAGACUCCUUCGUGAAAGUGGACCUGAGAACCGUGUCAUUCGACAUCCCUCCACAAGAGAUCCUGACUAAGGACUCUGUGACAGUGUGUGUUGAUGGGGUGGUCUACUUCCGGGUGAGCGACCCCAUCUCCUCGGUGGCCAAAGUGUCCAACGCAGACUUCUCCACCCGUCUCCUGGCCCAGACCACCCUGAGGAACGUCCUGGGAACCAAGAACUUGGCGGAGCUGUUAUCAGACCGCGAGGGCAUCUCACACAGUAUGCAGGCCAGUCUGGACGAGGCCACUGACCCGUGGGGUAUCAAGGUGGAGCGUGUGGAGAUUAAGGACGUGAAGCUGCCUCACCAGCUCCAGAGAGCCAUGGCUGCAGAGGCAGAGGCCACUCGGGAGGCCAGGGCGAAGGUGAUAGCAGCCGAGGGGGAGAUGAACGCCUCUCGGGCCCUGAAGGAGGCCUCUCUAGUGAUCGCAGAGUCUCCGUCGGGUCUCCAGCUGCGCUACCUGCAGACCCUCACCACCAUCGCUGCAGAGAAGAACUCCACCAUCAUCUUCCCUCUGCCCAUGGACGUCAUCAGUCACUUCAUGAAGAAGUGAUGUCAUCAAAACUCGCCACACACACCGCUCCUGUCUAAUGUAACAUUCAAUCAGUUGGUUUAGUUGAUUCGGGUGAUUUGAAGAAGAAAACAAAAAACGUUUCAUUUAUUUUUUUGUGAGAAUUGUUUCAGAUUUCAGGAUUAGACCCGGUAACCUUUUAGGGGAUGUAUUUCUGCAUGGUCAAGACCUCUUCAUUUGUCUGUUAUGGUGGAAAUUGAAAACCAUUUACAUUUCUUUCUAGUGUGUUAAAAAAAUAUAAACAAAUAUGUUUGAAAUACACUGUUAUAUUGAUAAUUUAUUGGAUAUUAUAAACUGUGUGGUUCAAGCCCUGAUUGCUGAUUGGCUGACAGCCAUGGUAUAUCAGACCGUAUAUCACGGGUAUGACAAAAUAUACAUUUUACCAGUUUAUAAUAGCAAUAAGGCACCUCUGGGAUUUGUGAUAUAUGGACAAUAUACCACGGCUAAGGGCUGUGUUCAGGCACUCCUCGUUUAGUCGUGCUCAAGAACAGCCCUUAGUCGUGGUAUAUUGGCCAUAUAUCGCACCAUAUAUCACAAACGCCAGGGGUAUAUCACACCCCUCGGGCCUUAUUGCUUAAUUGAAUGUUAUUUUUGUAAUCUUUAUAUUUUGAUAUUCCUUAAUAAAUUACAAUUCAGAAAUCGU